UUUGGGUAGUGACAUCAUCUGUACGCGACAGAACAAAAACGAGAGGCUCGCGUUUACUUGAAGAAAGAUUAUAAACUAAUGUCUGCAGCUCAUUGAGUAAAGUGUGACAGAAAAGAGCUGAGAUGUCCACACAGAGAGUCCUCCCUCAAAGCAAGGAGACUCUUUUGCAGAACUACAACAAGAGACUCAAAGAUGACAUCAGGUCAAUUCUAGACAAUUUUACGGAAAUAAUUAAAACUGCUAAGGUGGAAGAUGAGACUCAGGUUUCCAGGGCGACGCAAGCUGAACAGGACCACUUUGAAAUGCAUGUCCGAGCUGCCAACAUUGUACGUGCAGGAGAGUCUCUGAUGAAGCUUGUCUCAGACCUGAAGCAGUUCCUUAUUCUGAAUGAUUUCCCGUCUGUCAACGAGGCCAUAAGUCUGCGUAACCAGCAGCUGCGCACGCUGCAGGAGGAGUGCGACAAGAAGCUCAUCUCUUUGAGGGAUGAGAUUGCCAUCGACCUGUAUGAGCUCGAGGAAGAGUAUUACUCCUCCAGGUACAAAUAGAGCAGUGAUCCCAAACGUGUGUUCAGUCACCCCUGCCUUUACUUGCUUACCAGAGCCAUAAACCUGAUGCAUAUGUACAUCAUAAGAACAUAACACAGGUUGAUUCAUGGAGCCAUUGUUCUGUUUAAAGGUAUUUUUAAUUUGCACAACCUGUUACUGGCUUCAAUCAUUGGCCAUUUUACUAAAAUAUCAUGUGCUAACAUUGGGCUAUUUGUUUGAUCACACCAUGCGAGUUUGGUUUUCCAUACACAUUCAUUUAAUACAAUUGUGUGCCUUAAUAAGAGUGCAGAUUCUUGCAGGUAAGCCUGUAAUUAAUGACAUAGGAAAUUUAACGAAACGUGUAGUUAGACUGACAGUUUUGCUUUAGUUUAUAUUUAUAACAAGCAGGAUAUCAUUAUAUCUUUAUCUGCUAUGCUCAUAAAAUAACACCCACACAUAACACCGCAUGCAUACAUACAUACAUACAUACAUACAUAAAUAUAUAUUUACAUUGUAUUAAUUUCACACCAAAGACUAUCUAGCACUUUCAGUAUAACUGGGCUAGUAUAACGGCACAAGGAACCCAUCUGUUAUACAACUAUAAGUGCAUGUAAAGAUUCCAUCCCAGGUGCCUUAUAUGUUUUUGUUAUUAUAUAAAUAUGUAUUUUAUAUAUUAAUGUUGCAAUCAGAAAUCAGGAUGUUUAUUUUCUGUUUAUUAGUGGUGCUGAAUAAGUAAAUGUUGAUCUUAAAUACUAUACAAACAUCUUAUAUGAAAUCAAGCUGUCUUUGAAACAAGGUGACCAGUAAUAGUUUUAUGUGAAGAUAUAUUUUGAUUCGGGUAUUAUGGGAAUUAUUUAAUAAUACACAUUUUUAUGGAAAAUCAUAAAUGUUAAUAUUUUUAAAACUAGUUUGGCACAAUAAAGUUUUAAUACAAUGAGAACUUGCAAAAUUCAGAGCACUUUAAAAUAUGUAAUAAAGAGUAAAGGCUUCAUUUAGACCAUGUCGUAAUUACCAUUAAUUUAAGAUAACACGUCUCAUUGGGAGCUGAGUACAGAAGCUGUAGAGACCCAUGUAUUCAUUGCUUAUCUUACUAAAAUUGUCUGACUCUUGAAGUCUAUGGCAACCUAUAGCCAUGUGGAAAAUUUGGGACACAGAUAGAGGGAAGUCUAACCAUUAACCACAGCAAAAUGUGGAAUCUCUGAUUCAAACUCGCUCCUUGAGGGCCGGUGUCCUGCAGAGUUAAACUCCAACUUACUUCAACACACCUGUCAUUAAGUUUCUAGUAUACCUAGUAAGAGCUUGAUUAGCUGGUUCAGGUCUGUCUAGUUGGAGCUAAACUGUGUAGGACACCGACCCUCCAGGACAGAGUUUGGGCACCUCUGCUCUAGCAUUUCCAACAGCUCAGAUUUGCAAAAGAAUAAAUUCUUGGCUCCUUAAUUGUAGAUCCUCACUCAUCCUAGGAUUUGGAAUUGUGUGUUUUUAUGGCAUCAUCAAUCACUAUUAAAUUAAAUUAAUCAUAACCAGUUUAUAAACUGCAAUAAUAUUUCUUCUCUUCAGAAUUUUAGAAUUACGACAUGGCAUGAAUGCACCUGUAGGAUUCUGUAUGUAUUGUAUAGUCAAAUGUUAAACAGCUUAUAAAUUAGCUUACUGGAUGAAAAUCGUUUGAUUAGAUAAAGAAACUGAUUUUUUUACAUGUACCAUAUCAUUCACAAAUGGCAUGUUUUUUCUCUCACUCUAAAUUUUAAUGGAAGUUUUUGUAAAUUGGGAAAAUAUACUAUGUUGGCAAAUGUUUUGGGACACCACUCAAAAUCACUAAUUCAAGGAUUCUUUAUAAAAGAAAGCUCCUAGGCAUGCAGACCUCAGCCACGAAAUGAUAGGCAACAUGAAUCACAGAGCGGCCAACUUUCUGUGAGUCUGAGACCUCCAAACUUCAUGUGGCCUUCAGAUUAGCUCAAGAGCAGUGAAUAGAUAGCUGGAUUGGAUUUCCAUGGCCGAGCUGUUGAAUUCAAGCUUUACAUUACCAAGUGCAAUAAAAAGUGCCGGAUGCAGUGGUGUAAAGCACACCGCCACUGAACUCUAAAGUUGUGAAAAUGUGCUCUAGAGUGACUUAUCAUGCUUUCCUGUCUGGCAAUCUGAUGGACGUGUCUGGGUUUGGCAGUUGCCAGGAGAAUGACACUUGCCUAAAUGCUUUGUGCCAAGUGUUAUGCUUGGUGGAGAGGGAAUUAUGGUGGCAGGUUGUUUUUCAGGGCUUGGGGUUUGCCCCUUAGUUCAAGUGAAAUAAACUCUUAAUGCUUCAGCAUAUCAACACAUGGACAAUUUCAUGCUCUCUACACUAGGUGAAGUUUGUGAUUGACCCCCCCUUCUGUUCCAACAUGACUGCACACCAGUGCACAAAGCAAGGUCCAUUAAGACAUGAAUGCGCAAGUUUGGUGUGCGAGAAAUUGACUGGCCUGCACAGAGUCCUGAUGUCAACCUGAUUGAACACCUUUGGGAUGAAUAAGAGUGUAGAGUGUGAGCCAGGACUUUUUGGACAAUAUCAGUGCCUGGCCUCGCAAAUGUUCUUCUAGAAGAAUGGUCAGAUAUUUCUAUAAACACACUCUUUAACCUUGUGGAAAUCACAAUCACCUUAUGGCCGUUAUAGGUAAAAAGGGUGGGUCAACCCUAUGUUAAAUCCUGCGGAUUAAGAUUGGGAUGUCAUUGAACUUCAUAUACAUAUAAAGGCAGAUGUUCCAAAAUGUUUGACAAUAUAGUGUAUUUUACCUUUCUUACACAUAUGUCCAGAUGUAAUAUUUAUCAUUUAUAGAGCAUUUGUUUUCCUCAGUGGUUUGAUAUUGCACUGCACUGUUUUGAUGUGGUGAAGUAUUGAGUUGAAACAGUGUUGGUCACAUUAGUACCUGUUCUGAAUGUAUCACAAUAUUUGUCAAGUUUUUCCCCCAAACCAACGGGUCAUUUCAAAUUUCAUAAAUAAACCAGAGAGAAAAGAGAGCA